GAUGGUACUCAUUCUUAUAUAUCAUAGCCAUCUGCUUAAACAAUGAAAUUGAGAAGCCAAAACUAUUAAGGAAACAUUCAUAAAUAAGGAAAGGUUCCAAAAUCAUUGAUUGUAAUAUAAUUGAAUGUUAAUAUUGUAAUAGAAAAAAGAAGAAAAUCUACCAGUGGGUCCAAUAUUAUUAGGAGUAUUCUUGUUUGUAGUAGUUGGAUCAGGUAAUAAUUAUUAUUUAUUUAAAAAAAGCCUUGUUUCAAAUACUCAAUGUAGCUUCAAGUGGAUAAGAUGUUUGAU